AUGAGCAAGCGCCCUCGGGUCGACGAAUACCCUGAAAAGGCUGCCGACACUUGGAUAGCCAUCGGCAACUGUGCUUCUAGUAUGGGCAUUGUAGCUGCUGCAAUCAGGGCGUUUGAGUCUGCUCUUGUGCAUGCUCCAGCUUCUGUAGACGCUCUUGUUGGCUGGAGCCACCUGCUUCGGAUGAACGAUAUCAGCACGAACGAUACUGCUGGCUCACAGGCGCUUAUUCAGAGACUCAAUUCGGUUGCUGAGCUGUAUCCUCAAGUCACGGCGCUGCCCUUGUUUUUCAGAGAACUCACGGAAUGUUACCUUUUAGUGGGUCUCAACGAGCAGGCCCAUCUGGCUGUCCAGCAAGCUAUCCAGAGAGCUCCUUCCGACCCAGCCUUGCAGCUUCUUCUGGCACAGACUUUGAUCAGAGCUGGCGCUAGGGCCCAGGCGGCCUCGGCGCUCAACCACUGCCUCCUGCUUUUGCCUCCUCUGUUGGCUGAAUUUUCCAAGGCCGACAUUGAGACCGCCAGAAGCGCCCAUGCCGAGUUGGCUGCCAUUGCUGCUGCCGAUGGAAACAUUGAUCUUUCUAUAACUGAGCUCACGGCCACCCUCCUGCUUCCUCCACCUCCAUUGGCUCGCCAGAAUGAACAUAUCGCCCUUUGGUGUGCUUUCGCUACUGCCAAGGAGCGUGCCAAUAAGAUUCCUGAAGCCCUUGAGGCCUGUGAAAGAGCUGAAACUGCUGUUGGUGCUCUGCCCAGAAUUCUCAUCACCCACGCCUACCUUCUUCUCUUGGAUGAGGUUGCUGAAAAGGCUCAGCGGGCCGUGGCCCUUCUCUCUCGCGUGGUGGACCUGGAGGAACGUAAAGAAGAUGAUGAAGGCGACUUCUUGCCCUGGUAUCUCUUAGGUAAGGCUCAUACCGUCUUGGAUGCUCCUAGAGCAGCUUACGACUGCUACCAAGUGGCUCUUCGCCGUGCAUCCAGCCUGCCUAUCACUUGGCUUGCCGUUGGUAAGUUGUAUCUCGAACUUAAGCAGCUUCCAGAUGCCCUUGCAGCCUACUCUCAAGCUCUUCGACUUCAACUCAACGAGAACCUGCCUGGCACCGCUGCUGCUUGGGAAGGUCUUAGCUGCGUCUAUGAGCGCUGUGACGACCAACUCGGUGACGCUGCUGAUGCAAGCUCUCGUGCUGCCAUGUGUUUCCGUGCUAUUGGUGAUACGGAAAGCGCCAAUCGUUUCGAUGAGCGUUCGAAGAAGCUUCAGGCUGCUGCUCUGAACAAUGGACCUGUUCCUCCCUUGGGACAGCCUGUCGGUGUGCCUAACUUCUUCCUCCGUGACCUCGUUACUUUACUUCCUCUGGAACGUAUUGCUUUCGUUCAAGGCCACGACAAGGCUCAGACACCACGCAGGGCCCUGGGACCAGAACCACAAAUUCAGCACAGACCCCCUCCAUCUGCCCAGGGAAGCCCGCCAGGCCCUCCCCCAGCCGCUACCGCUCCAGCAUACUCCCACUCGCCCAACCCGCCGGCACCACAACCUCCUCACGAAUACAGCAUGUACCCAGUUCCAUUCAAACCAUUGGGAAAGCUGCCAGAGUCUAUCUCGCACCUUCCACCACCUCAACUGCGUGCAUGGCUGCCCCAGGACCACAUGCCCCAGCCUCAGAUGUUCCAAGGCCCUCCUCCACACUUUGCCCAGCCUCCUAAUGGUAUAAUGACACCACCACCAAAUGGGCAACCUCCAGGACCUGGUAGAAGUCCAGUGAACCAUCCGCAGAUGAUUCCAAACGGCUACCCUGUCCAGGGACCUCCAGGCUACGUCUAUGGGCAAUACAUGCCAGUACACCAGGGUGUGUGGAACAGGUAA